AUGAGUUUCUCUCCUUUGUUCUUCCUUCUCCACCAAAUAGAUUUUAACCUCGAUCAUUUCCAGACAAUGUCUCAAAAAACCUUCUCCAAUAACGGUGGAUUUCGUGAGACAGAUUUAGACAUUCCACCUACUGAGUACGAGCUUCUUGCCAUGGAAACCCAAGUGGAGCUGGAACAGAUGGGACAACAGCUGCAGGAGGAAAUGAGGGCGAUGAGGACUGAUCUUCGUGAGAUGAGGAACGUCUUGAAGGCAAUUGUAGCGAUUGGCAUGACUCUUGUUUCUGGUGUUGUUUAUGGGGUUUUUGGUUGUGGGGGUUUCGGUUUAGGGUGGAUGUAG